AUGCCAUGCGCUGAACCAUGCAACGGCUGCAAAGCCGACUGCGAUGACCGGACAGUCGAUAUCGAAGACUGGAAGACUGAGUUGACCACACUUCGAGCACGAACGAAGGAGCUGGAAAGUAAACUCGCUAGCUUCACGAAUGGUGCUGCGUCAAAACCGAAGUUGAGGUCGGCAGCAUGGUUCGACAGACCCGACGACCGCGGCAUGGCGGCGUUGUACAUGGACCGGUACCUCAACUACGGCCUCACGCGCGAGGAGCUCAUGUCCGGCAAGCCUAUCAUCGGCAUAGCACAAUCAGGCUCCGACAUCGCACCAUGUAACCGAUACCAUCUGACACUAGCGAAGAGAGUGCGAGAGGGCAUUCGUUCUGCUGGUGCCAUUGCAUUUGAGUUCCCAACGCACCCAAUCCAGGAAAGCAUGCGCCGGCCGACCGCCACACUAGAUCGCAAUCUCAGCUACCUGACACUCGUCGAACUGCUCUAUGCUUAUCCCUUCGACGGGGUCGUGCUUCUGACGGGAUGCGACAAGACAACACCGGCAUGUCUAAUGGCUGCAGCGACAGUCAACAUACCCGCAAUCUGUCUGAACGUCGGACCCAUGCUCAACGGCUGGCUCGACAACUCGAACGAAAGGUCUGGAAGCGGGACGAUCCUGUGGAAGGCGCGUGAGCUGCACACCGCAGGGGAGAUUGACGACGAGAAGCUCAUCGAUAUGGUGACGUCCGGCACGCCGAGUCAUGGGCAUUGCAACACUAUGGGUACCGCGAGCACGAUGAAUGCGCUGGCAGAAGCUUUGGGAAUGAUGUUGCCCGGAGGUGCCGCUAUUCCGGCGCCGUACAAGGAGAGAAUGAUGUGUGCAUAUCGAACCGGCGUGCAGAUCGUGGAGAUGGUCCAGGCGGACCGAAAGCCAAGCGACAUCAUGACGAGGGAAGCAUUCGAGAAUGCGAUUGUUGCAAACACAGCUAUUGGCGGAAGCACGAAUGCACCCAUCCACCUAAACGCAGUGGCGGCGCAUAUGGGCGUCAAGCUUGACCUCGACGACUGGGACAGCAUUGGACUCGGAAUCCCACUCAUCUUGAAUAUGCAGCCGGCCGGCGAGAUGCUGAGCGAGGACUACUACCGCGCGGGAGGGCUCCCCGCGAUAUUGGCGGAUUUGGUCGAUGCUGGCAAGCUACCUCAUCCGAAUGCUUUGACAGCGAACGGCAAAACCAUUGGCGAGAAUGUGCAAGGGAAGCAAACUUGGGAUCGUCAGACAAUCAAGACUUUGAAGGCGCCCAUGAAGAAGGACGCUGGAUUUCUGCAUCUGAAGGGUACAUUAUUCGACAGCGCGAUCAUGAAGACUUCCGUGAUUUCACCUGAGUUCCGAAAAGAAUUCCUGGAGGAUUCGAACGACCCAAAUGCUUUCGAGUGCAAGCUCGCCGUCUUCGAUGGACCGGAGGACUAUCAUCACCGUUUGGAGACGGCACCGAUAGACGCCCGCACGAUCCUAGUCAUGCGCGGAGUCGGGCCGUUGGGCUACCCUGGCGCCGCUGAGGUCGUCAACAUGCACGCGCCUGGUCAUCUCCUGCGACAAGGCGUCCGAGACAUGGUCUGCAUAGGCGACGGUCGUCAAUCCGGCACGUCUGGGUCGCCUUCGAUCCUCAACGCCACGCCCGAGGCCGCGGAUGGUGGAAAUCUCGCCCUCAUUCGCGAUGGUGACAAGCUCAGAGUAGAUCUCAACAAGCGUCGGGUCGACAUUCUCCUGUCGGACGAGGAAUUGAAGCAAAGAAGAAAGGAGCUUGACGAGAAGGGCGGAUAUAAGGUCCCUGAGAGCCAUACUCCCUGGCAGGAUAUAUUCAGACGGGAGGUCGGAGGGUUGAGUGAGGGAAUGGUGUUCAAGCGGGCGACGAAGUUCCAUAGGGUGGGUGAUCGGGCGAGGGAGAACCACCUUCUGACCAAAUACUCCGCCCGCUUCAACGCCGCAACGACCUCCCCAGCAUUCUUCCACCAGCUCCUCAAUGGUACCGUUUCGCCAACCCACGUAGCAUACUUCUUCGAGCAGGACCUCAUUUACGGACGCGGGUUUCUCACGCUGGUAGGUCAGACCUUGGAAUUGCUGACAGCGGAUCUGGAGCAGCCGGAGAGUGAUGUUUUGUUGAGGCGGGUGGGGAAUUCGGGGGCGACGGCGAGUGGGUUGAGUGAUGAGGGUGGGCUGUUGAGGGGGUUGAGGGGGAAGUUACUGGAGGGAAGCGACGGGAAGGGUUUGAGCGGGAGUGAGGGGACGUUGGAAUAUGUGAAGUACAUGAGGGCAGUCUCAAGCAGUGGCGAUGGCUUCGCGGCGUUCGUCUGCGCCUGGACCAUGGGGAAGGCAUUCGUCGAUAUCUGGCGACAUAUCCAGGCAGCUCAAAAGAGUAGUCCGAACAAGAUACCUCAGCCUCAAAUCGCGAUCGAUUACUGGGCCGAUCAGUCGUAUGCGGCUUCGAUAGAGUCGACGGGAGACAUCAUCAAUGAGUGGUACCAUAAAGACGCCACAAGCAAGCGUCUGGAGGUUGCAGAAAAGGUCUUGGAAAAAACCCUGGAUGCAGAGGACGCGUUCUGGCGGAGUAUUGAUGCGUGGAGUGGUUGA